CGUUCGCUAUCUGAACAUAUUUAUUGAUAGAUUUUUUUUGUUGUAAAUGGCUGCGGCACGGAAGAUCAAAACUUUGCUGACGGUGAACAUCCUGGUGUUCGUCGGGAUCGUGCUGUUCUCGGUGUACUGCCGGAUCCAGGACCGGUCCGAGGAGCUCGUGCAGAUCGGGAGGUCGGCGGAGGCGCGCGCACGGACCCGACAUGGCAAAGUUAGCGACACGGACCGGCAGUCCAUCCUGCAGAGACUGGAGCGGCUGGAGGACGUGGUGUACAACCAGCUGAACGGAGUGUCGAAGGCGAUGGGGCUGCUAGAGGGUCCUGGAGGUCUCGGUCAGGGAGGAGCUGCAGCCACACUGGGGGGUGAAAGUCCUGAAGGCGGUGGCAAAUACGAAGAGUACGGCUACAACGCACAGCUCAGCGAGCGCAUCUCCCUCGAUAGGAACAUUCCCGACUACAGGCCAAAAAAGUGUAGACAGCUGACGUAUCCUGAUGACCUGCCGCAGAUCUCUGUGGUGUUCAUCUUUGUGAACGAGGCUCUGUCUGUGAUCCUGCGCUCCGUACACAGCGUGGUCAAUCACACACCUGCUCACCUGUUGAAGGAGAUCAUCCUGGUGGACGACAACAGCGACAGCGUGGAGCUGAAGUAUAACCUGGAUCAGUAUGUGAAUAAGCGUUAUCCUGGAUUAGUGAAGAUCGUGAGGAACUCCAGGAGGGAAGGUCUGAUCCGCGCUCGGAUUCACGGCUGGAACGCUGCUACGGCUCCCGUUGUCGGAUUUUUUGACGCACACGUGGAAUUCAACACGGCCUGGGCCGAGCCGAUCCUGUCGAGGAUAAAAGAAGACCGGACUCGGAUCAUCCUGCCCGCGAUAGAUAACAUCAAAUACAACACCUUCGAGGUGCAGCAGUACGCUAACGCGGCUCACGGCUACAACUGGGGCCUGUGGUGCAUGUACAUAAUCCCUCCUCAGGAUUGGCUGGAUAAAGGAGACGAGACCGCCCCCAUCAGGACUCCUGCGAUGAUCGGCUGCUCGUUUGUGGUGGAUCGCGAGUACUUUGGAGAGAUCGGCCUGCUGGAUCCGGGCAUGGAGGUGUACGGAGGAGAGAACAUCGAGCUGGGGAUGAGGGUAUGGCAGUGUGGGGGCAGUAUGGAGGUUUUGCCCUGUGCCCGAGUCGCUCACAUCGAACGCACUAAGAAGCCUUACAACAACGACAUCGACUACUACGCCAAGCGGAACGCCCUGAGGGCCGCCGAAGUCUGGAUGGAUGAGUUCAAGUCUCAUGUGUACAUGGCCUGGAACAUUCCCAUGAAUAACCCUGGUGUGGAUUUUGGAGACGUGUCGGAGCGAGUGGCGCUGAGGAACAGACUAAAAUGUAAGAGCUUCCGCUGGUACCUGCAGCACGUCUACCCGGAGAUGAGGAUCUACAACAACACCAUCACGUACGGCGAGGUGAGGAACAGUAAAGCCAGUGGUUAUUGCCUGGAUCAAGGCUCAGAGGACGAUAACAGGGCGAUACUUUACCCCUGUCACGGCAUGUCGUCUCAGUUAGCCCGCUACUCUACAGAGGGCCUGCUGCAGUUAGGACCCCUGGGCUCCACCACGUUCCUACCAGACACCAAAUGCCUGAUCGACGAUGGACGGGGUCGAACGCCGAGCCUAAAGAAAUGUGACACAGUGUCACGAUCCUCACAGAGACUUUGGGAUUUCACACAGAACGGUCCGAUCAUAAACAGAGACAGUGGCCGCUGUCUGGAGGUGGAGAUGUCUAAGGAGGCGAGUUUUGGGCUGCGGUUGGUCAUGCAGCGCUGCUCAGGGCAGAAGUGGAUGAUUCGGAACUGGAUUAAACACCCCAGACACUGAGGGAGCUGAGGGACACACUGCCUCCUCUCGGUCUCAAUGACAGACUGACUGACUGGUCACGGCGGUGUGUGUGUGUGUGUGUGUGUGUGUGCGCUCAGCCCGAACCCCUCAACAGGCUGAGACGCCUUUUUUUAUCAGCAGGCCGUUACGAUAAGACGGUAAAGACGUAAAAUAACAAUCAUACUUAGGAACUGUUGAAGAGGAAGCGGUGAAGGAACGCCCUUCGCCUGCACAGUCGGCACAGACUGUGUACCUACUGUUCCAGACGUCUACACACAGCGUUUAAACGUGACGAGCUCUGUUCUCAACACCUCGACUUCUCCUCUACAUCUGCCCUCCAAUCUUGUUUCAUGACCUCAUCAGCUGAUCACCUCGCAGUUCAACAUAAACACCAGCUAACAAACACUCCAGCUGGGUAACACACCUGCUAACCAGCUAUCAUACACACACACACAACAAAGGAACGCCAUCACACGCCAAACUGGUCUACACAUAGUGUAACCCUGCGUUCACACUAGUGUCUGACAAAGCCGCUGCGAUUUAGCCAACAAGCGAUGUUUUAAUCAACACAGACAGUCAAAGUUAUAACCAUUAGCCAUGAUGUUGGAAAGUAAAAAAUAUCCAUAUGAUUGGUAACCUCUGUUCUUUACAGCUUUGUUGAAAGCAGUGUGUAAAUAUAGCUGAAAUA